GCAGAGGAAGAGUUGUGAUGCUAGCUGUAGCUUAGCCUCACUGCGCUUCUUUGCCGGUGAACGUCGUCAUUCUGGCUCUCAGAGUGAAGGAAAUUGUCGCUUUUUCCGUGUUUUUCUGACCGUUUCGGUUCGUCUUAAUGACCUCCGGCAGCUCGACUCGUUCCCGGUUCGUGUGAAGCUCUCAGCCCGGGACGGAGCUCCGGAGGCUCGGAGGCUCGGGGGCUGACUCCAGAGCGGGAUGGAUCUGUUCGGGGACCUGCCGGAACCGGGCCAGAGCUCCGCUGCUGUCAAAACGCCUCCAGCAGCAGCAGAGGAAGAGAGGAGGACCAAGCGGAGCCGGGGGGAGGAGGAGGAGGAGGAGGAGGGGCACGAGGAGCAGCAGGAGCGCGGGAAGAUCCAGAAAGUUUGUAAAGAAGGUCUCCCCGUGUUCAGAGGCUACGUGGCGGCGAGGCGUGGCGAGCGCGACGAGAUGCAGGAUGCUCACGUCCUGCUGCCUGACCUCAGUGUGACCUCCCUGCCUCCACAUGUGUCUCGCGUGUCGUACUUCGCCGUGUUCGACGGUCACGGCGGCUCUCGAGCUUCGCGAUUCGCCGCCGAACAUCUGCACCACGUUCUGGCCAAGAAGUUCCCCAACGGAGACCCUGAGAACAUGGAGAAGCUGAUCAGGAAGUGUCUGGUGGACACCUUCAGACAGACGGACGAAGACUUCCUGAGGAAAGCCUCCAGUCAGAAGCCGGCCUGGAAGGACGGGUCGACCGCCACCUGCGUGCUGCUGGUGGACGACGUGGCGUACGUGGCCAACCUGGGAGACAGCAGGGCCGUGCUGUGUCGGAUGGAGCAGUGUGACGGUCAGAGGAAGUGUGUGACUCUGUCUCUCAGUAAAGAACACAACCCGACCAUCUACGAGGAGAGGAUGAGGAUCCAGAGAGCUGGAGGAACCGUGAGAGAUGGGCGUGUCCUGGGCGUCCUGGAGGUGUCCCGUUCCAUCGGGGACGGUCAGUAUAAACGCUGCGGCGUCAUCGCCACGCCCGACCUGAGGAGGUGUCAGCUGUCGGCCAAUGACAGUGUGACAGCGCGGUGCUCUGCAGGUUCAUCCUCCUGGCCUGUGACGGACUCUUCAAAGUCUUCUCCGCUGAUGAAGCCGUCCGCUUCGUCCUGGACAUCCUCCAGGAGGAGCAGACGCAGGACGAGGAGGAGCAGCGGUUCGAUUCCGCCUGCCAGCAGCUGGCCGGCGAGGCGGUGAGACGAGGCUGCGCCGACAACGUCACCGUCAUCCUGCUUUCUAUUGGCUACUGAGCGCAUGCGUCACUUCCUGUUUUUCUAAUAAAAGCGUGCAGUUCACUGAC